AUGUUAUGUAGCAUUGGUGCAAAAUUGUUGGACAUGUAUUCUGAUUUGAAAUAUGAAAACGAAUACCAUUCAUUUUUGGAAUUUGUUUGCCGACGAAUUUCGACCUGCAACACAGGAAAAAAGAAGUAUGCAUCUGAACACUAUUGCAAACUAUUGCUUGAUAACGUGAAACUUAAUCUUCGUCCGCCAAUUUUGGAAACUCAUGAAUAUACUGAAGAUCUUAAAUGUGUUUUGGAUAAACCAUUCAAAACCAAGUAUUUUGAAGAAGAUUUGGUGAAAUUUGAAAAGGGAGAUCCAAAAAGUAUUUACAAGGCAUUGCAUUCAGUAUACAGUGACAAAACCUUUAACUUAUUCUUUACCAGAGCUCACAAAUUGGCAACCAUUGACCGUACAGCCUUAGAAAAGGGAUAUAUGUUGGAUUUAAAUGAAAGACUUGUCCUUCUUUGCAAUUGCAUUCACAACUUCCAUAUCAUUCUAACCAAAUUCAAGAAUUCUGUUUCUUUUAGCAAAGGAUCUCGAAUUUUCAAAAAUUCCAUACUCGAUAUUGAUGCUUAUGAUUACGCAAUUUCUAAUUAUGUAGAGUUGAUAUUGCAUCCCUCAAACCCAUCCACAAGCCUGAUCACUGAUUUCAAAGAGCGAUUUUAUGAAUUGUUUUUGGGUGUUGUCACAAAGAAUUACAAAGACAUUGAGCAUGCUAUUAAAAAAACAAUGCUGGACGAAGAAAAAUUAUCCACCUUUGACAACAAGGACAGCAUGAAAAAAGCAUUGCAUGAUAUAUUGGAAUUUCUCUCCGAAAAAACAGAGGAAAUUGGAAAGGUGCAAACAAGAUCUGGAGUAUUUCGAGAGUGUAAUUAA